GCGCGAACGCAAACACACCACCAGUCCGAGACGAAUAUCCCUGGCGAACGGACACACGGCCAUAGAGAUCUUCAGCAAAGCGUACCUUUUUUGGGGCAGCAGCAUUCGUUGUACAAAAGUUUAGAUCUCCCCCCAAACCGUCGCUAUUCCGUUCCUCUGCCUCCUCCCCUUCAAUGUAAGUGUAUGUUCGUGCGUGUGUGUGAGUAUCCGUGCGUGAAUAUUGGCUAAAGCUUUCGGCCAUUUUUGUUCUGUGUGCUACCGUUGUUACUGAUAAGCUUGACAGUUAUAAUUGCGUCCUGAAUUUCACAACAAAGCAAACGAGUGUGAUUGAAAUUUGUUUGCCGAUUUUCCACCGUAACUGAGCGUAAGCAAAGCAAAGCCAACUACGACCGUAACACUGGUAACGCCUCCUUCACCGGCUCCAUCUGAGACGAAUCUCCUGGCUCCUGGAACGCGUCUCGAAUCUUCGGAAUCAACUCAAAACGGUUGGUUCUUUCCAUGCAAGUGGCCAGCUAAUUCGCGCCACGAACAAGUGACAAACAACCCCCACCAUGGAGCUGCCACAUAGUGAAGGGUAAAAAAAAUUUCCGCUAGAAGCGAACAAAAACAAAACGCCUUUUUUUCCUGUUCCAUUUAGUUACUUUGGUUGUUUUGUUUGUUUUGUUCUCUUUCUUUUUGAUUGUUUAACUAAUAGUUCUUGGACCUUACCUUUCAUCUGCACGUGACAAAGGGUGCGGCUUUUAAGUGUUUUUUUUCCUUACGUUUGUGACACAGUGUCGGUGUAAUGCAUAUGCGGUGUUGCAAAAAAACGGCCUGAUUGUGAGUUCUGAGUAAAGAAAAAGAGAACAACUGUGGUGAAACAAAAGAAAAAGUGUUCCUCUCCGGUCCUUCAUCCCAAAACUCACUAGGGGUCCUUUCUGAGGGGGGGGCGCAAAAUGCAAAAGCUGUAGUCAAAUGUUCUGUGAUAUAGUGGACAGUUUUUGUCGACGCUUUCGUUAACACAACGAAACAACGAUUGGCAUCGAAGCAUUGUAACGUGAAAAAACCAUCAGCAAAUCGUGAUGAGAUGGUAGAAUGUAGUGACCGAUGCUUUUCGUGAAGAAUUACCUUUGAUACCGGAUAAAGAAUCACCUCAAGGCACCGCUUAAAGUGCAUUUGCUAUUGGCUUGAUUUCGUGUUUAUUUUGUUGUAAAUUUUUACUUUCAUUUUUGUGUUUUUUAUUUUUUAUUUUUUUGGUUUGUAUUCUUCCUUUCCCGUACAACUGCACUCAAUCGCAUACCGUCACAACAAACGUGUUGUAAACCGCCGAGAACAUUUCGCCUGGGAAAAAGUAAUUUCCUGCCCCGACAAAAAAACCCCUCUACGCCGAGCGAGCGAGCGCGCGUCAUGUGCUAUUGACCGCCAUUUUGGAAAAGUGCAAAACCGCGAGCAAACGCUUAACAAAAUCUCCUUGCCCGCGCGGUACGGUCGGGCGCGGAACAACCCGGAACGAUCCGGAAAAAUGAUGGCCGCCAUUUUGGUACGCGAAAAACCGCGACAAACCCGUGAUGAUGAUGAUGAUGAUGAUCCGGCAACCGUGAGUGAAUGUUAUGCGAGCAACGGUCUGAAUGGUGCGUGGAACCGUAUGGAGCAGGCGCUACAAUCGCACGAAAGGACUCCCCGAUUGUCCUCGGUGUGCUGCCUGGGGUCGGUGAAGGAGGAGAUGAUGGAGCAGCAAGAAAAGCAGAAGGCGCAAGAUGGCCGGAACUGCACGGAUGGUCGUUGCUUAGUGGAGGAACAGAGGAGUGGAUUGGUGGCCAACAAUGCAAAGGGCAGGCAUUGGCCAUGGUCAGGGUCGUGUGCCAGGGAUACGUCGCUUCUAGUAGGACUAGUAUUGGUGCUGCUACACACCGUCGAAGUUGAUUGUCGAGCUCCAAAGGAACCUUACUACGGUCGCGAAAUAGGAAAACUGGCUAACUUUGGACAUGGCAUCAAGGGACAAGUGUACGCCGUCGAUGAAUCGACGCUGUUUGUCAAAGGAUUCGCCUACGACGGUAACGCACCGGAUGCGUUCUUCUGGGUUGGCAAUUCGCCUCGCCCAAGCCCGGAAGGAUACAUCAUACCAUACCCGGAGGAGUACAGUGGGCGAGAACCGCCGGUACUGCAGCAACAUAAUAACACGGACAUUAUACUUAAGCUACCGAUGGGAAAACGGAUUCGUGACAUUCAAUGGCUUUCGGUUUGGUGUCGCCGAUUUACGGUCGAUUUUGGUGAAAUCUUCAUCCCACCCGGACUGGACGUACCGAAGCCACGGGUACUGCCCGAGUUCAAGCGUCUAGCGCACGGACUACGCUCGAGCAACAUCAGCAUCCUGGACGCGAAAACGUUCUACAUUCCCAACCUGCACUACGAUGGGGCCGGACCGGAUGCCUACUUCUGGGUCGGCAACGGUUCCGAGCCCAACAUUAUGGGCACGAAGGUACCGAACGAGAUCGGAUCGCUCGAACCGCUGCGUGGCUAUCAGGGCGAGGACAUUGAGAUACAGCUGCCCGGGAAUCUUACCGUGUACGAUAUCGAUUGGCUAGCGGUUUGGUGUGUCGAGUAUCGGCACAACUUUGGUCACGUUUACAUCCCGAAGGAUUUGGAUGUGCCGCCAGCACUCGGACAGACGAAGAUAGCGCCGCCAUGGUGGUACAAACCGACGACCACAACCACAUCGUCGGUAAUAACACAGGCCACUAGCAAACCGGCAAACAUCAACUGUAAGGAGCUGCUGCGCGGCAAACUCAACGUCAUGUGGGAAGUGAUGGAUGACUACAUCGUUAUCGAACUGAUAGGCCGUAUCCGGGAGGACCAGUAUAUGGCGUUCGGUAUUUCCGGUAGUCAUGGACACCCGCAGAUGAUUGGUGCCGAUGUCGUGGUCGCGUUCUACGAUCGACGUCAGCGUCGGUUCCGGGCGGAGGAUUAUUACAUGUCCUCGCUGUCCCAGUGUGAUGGCAAACUGGGCGUUUGUCCGGACGAGCGAAUCGGUGGUAAAAAUGAUGUGGAAAUACUGUCCGGUGACCGUAGCCAUGGUGUGACCAAGAUUAAAUAUCGUCGGCUACUACAGACGAACGAAGCCGUGAACGAUCGAGCGUAUCCGUUGGAUCGCCAAAUUUCGGUAAUUGCUGCAAUCGGACCGCUAAAUUCACGGGACGAAGCCAACGCACAUUCGCACACGGGUACGGAAGUGACGGUCGAUGAUGUACAGAUUGACUUUGCUUCGAAGAACGAUCAUACCUGUACGGAUGCGCUCGAUAACUAUCGGGACGAGAACGAUCCAGAACCGUGGCCAGUGCGUACCAUUCUUGGGGAGAAGACAAUCACGGCCCGCAUUGGACCGACGGGUGGCAAGCGUGGUUACACACCAUUAACCGGCCAUCCGUCCUGGGGUAUUGCUUGGUAUAUGAACGAUAUGCUGAUACCGGAAAUUUAUGUCGAGCGAGGACAAACCUACACGUUUAUUGUGGAGGGUGGUGACGAGAUGACACAACCGGCCAAUUUUCAGCGUUUAACGCCCUCAGAACUGGAAAAAUUGCGCAGAUAUCAUCCACUGUACAUUACCAGCUCGAGCGAGGGCGGUUACGGUCAGUUGAGUGAGGCUAAGAGACGUCGGGAAACGGUGUACGCCGGCGUAGAAUAUGAUGCCGAUGGGUACGCCUAUCCAACCGGCGCUGGUCGUUACUGCGAGUGGAAGCACAAAACUAUCGACCGAUCGGCGGAAAUUGCUACCUUUGACGAGUACAAGAAAACACUCCAACUGUCCUGCGACGAUCCGAACGGUCAGCCAGCCUAUCUUAAUUGGACGGUUGUGGAUGAAACACCCGACCUGGUGUACUAUCAGUGCUUCACGCAUCGUAAUCUGGGUUGGAAAAUUCACGUCGUCAAUCCGGGUGAAACUAGUAAGAUCAGUGGAUCGCAUGGUUUGUAUGGGUCGGGUUCAUCCACCUUGCUAUAUGCGCUGCUCGUGCUAGCCCUCACACCCUCCUGGUGGCUCAUACUGAUGCAACUGUCCCGAGGUUUUUGAUAGUUUAAUGCAAACUUUACACCCCCAACGUACCUAUGACGGUCGUUGCUGAAUAUUGUCAUUAAUGCGCAAUACUGCGUUUGGAGCUAUUUGCCAACGCAAACCAACAAACAAAAACCUUAGAUUAGAGUGAGCAAGAAAGGCAAAGGUGGCUAUUGCCGAAAACUUGGGAAACCUAUUGGUUGACCAUCAUUUACAAUCGCUGUACUAUUACGCCGUUCGUUGAUUGCUGCCAUAUAACCCGGACGAAGCUGCCCAAGCCAAGGAAUUCGCGCCAUUUUGCGACCGGUUUCGUUUCCGUUCCGAAAACGUUUCAUUUACAAACGCCUCUUUCCACGUGUUGCACGCGCAUUUUUCUUUUUUUUCGGCACGAAAUUUCGCGCCCAUCACACACAUCGAACGGCAGUGAAGGAAAUUAAAAAUGUCUUUAUCCGUCCACAUUCAAAACACCGUACGCCCCUUUGCCGGCAAACUGGAUUGUGUUACCUUCACUGCCCGGCGUAACAAUCGCCAAAGAAAAACAAAUAAAUAGUACACAAAUGGCAAAUGGCGCGAACGAGCCACGUUUUGGAGCCUAAACCGGUCAUAUGGCACACGCAAUCGUACGUACGGAACAAAAUGCCUCUGUAGGCAAAUUUAGGUAGGCAACAACAAAGAUACAAAUCGAUGCUAGAUUACAUUACAAGUCGUUGAAAAAGUGGAAGAACAAAAAGUCUCCACGCCCGACGUGGGGGCGACUUUUUGAUGGUGUCGUUUGGAAAAAAACGGAAAUUCCACGAACGCCGAAAAGCUGUCCAACACCUCACCCCGGGAAGGGUUUGCCCGGGCGGGGUGGAAUUGUUUUCAAAAAACCCCCGAUCCAAUGUGAUAAGUAGCAAAAAUUGUUUGCUAAAGCAAUUUCACCACUUGGAUGUCCACCACUAGGGUUGUGGAGCAAUUGCAAAGGGGUAGCGUGUAAUAUUCAAGCAAAAAUGAACGAAUUGCUUUGCAAACUGCAUGCAAAAAAAACAAACCCAUACAACCAUGCGAUAUCGCCGAAAAACAUAUCUUACUAGUGUGAAUCUGGAGCGAAAGUCUGGAAACAAGUGAGCGAAACGGAAACGAGUGACAACAGCACGCAACAAGACACGAACCCCCGUUGGUGGGUAAGCGGAGUACAUUGUGGCCCUGUUUAGACGCUGAAGCGUGAAUAGAUGUGUAAGGAAACAGGAAACUGUACUAGCUAAUCAAAUUGUGUCCUCAAGACUAGCGACGAAUGGGGACGAAUGGUGAUGGAAGCCCGAUUCAGCAAAAACCUAUCGCAAAGCUAAGCUUUGCAAGCACCAUUAGUUAAAGAAUUUACUAAAAUCGUAACCAACUCGUGGAUAAGUUAAGUUACAAAUCGAAGGGCUUGUGCGCUUCAUGAGCAGGCUUUGCAUAUUCUGUUGCGUGGUGCAAACACAAAUGGUGGUAAAGAAAAUUUACAAAUCAAAAAAAAAAUAUUCGUAAGCAUAAGCAAAACGUUUCACCACAUUGCAAAAAAAAACUUAAUGCUAAACUUAAACUUUUAAUGAAUAUUUUAAAUCAUUUUACAUAAUUUACAGUUAUGUUUCAACAAAACAAAAACAUUUACACUUUUAUUAGCAAAUGCUAACCAUUUGCAUGUGUACCAAACUUGUUACAUUAAUUUGUAUGAAUUGUUAAUAAUCUUAUUAGAUUAAUCUUUUCUCGUUUUACUUUUUUUAUUUUUCGUUAACUUUGUUAUUAAAACAAUUAACAAAACCAAUCUCGAAUAGAUUACACGUACAUCACAAACACAUCGAACAUUUAAUGCCUCACAUUGUGGAGGCCCACCCCCAUUGGUACAAGUAGAAGUGAGAGGAAGGAAAAAGAAAAACAUUUCACACAAAAAAAAUGUGUAAAGCAUAUUUAUUAGUACCCUUUGCACGUUUAACAAUCUGCAAGAUGAAAACGAAAGACAAUAAAUUCUAGCACUAGGUGCAAAAAGGUGUAAAAAAGCCAAACAACAACAAGGAAAAAAAGAGAGAAAAAGGAAACAAAACACUAUUUACAGUGCAAAAGACAAUAAACGUAUUUGCGACUAGUAGAAGAAGUGAACGAAGCAGAUGGGAGAAAGGAAUAAAUUAUGAAAACAAACAAAGAAACAAACAAAAACCACGUAAAAAUAUAAAAGUAAAUCAAAACGAUGCGACAAUAAGGCGUAACAUACAAAACUGUAACUGUUCGAACAAUUUCAAAAACCCAUUGCAUGCUAUUUCAAUCAAAAACCGUCUGUGUAUGAAACUUCAUUAAUUAAUUACACGUUCCAUAUACUAGCGUAAUACAAAAGGGGGAUUGCGCAAUCGAUCGCAGCGUAACAAAUGCGCUUGCGAGUGCUCGUUAACGUUCGCGCUGAAAAAAACUACUGACAAUAAAGGGAAAAGUUUUUGGGUGGGAGAAAGCGCAUCCUAGAUAGUUUAAGAAAUAAUGUAUUGCGUAUUAUUAAGACGCAUUACGCAAAAAAAACAAACAAAAAACCCCGCAGCGAAGGGAGAAACAAUUGACAAUAAAAAAAAAACAAUUGAAACAUGUUAAACUAAGGUAGAAUAUACACGGCAAGCUGAAAAAGGGGAAAAUGUAGGUGUAAUUAUUAUUUUUCUAAGUAUGUUUGUUAUACGCUCAUUCGCUGUGUAUAAAGGGCAAGGUUGAUCACCCGGAAAAGCAUACAAAUGCAUUUGCAUAAACACUCUAGAACACCGAUACCCCUGAUAACGUAGAUAAACCCAACAGUGUAAACACCCGAUCAUAAGGCUGCACAAAAAAAAAUUCUUUUCCGAAAUAAAAAUAUUACAAAACCCACUUUCACGCAUACGAAAUGCACACAUUUUUGGCAAUACAAAAAUUCAAAAGCAAACUAACCAUAGCAGAUAUAUAUAAAUAUAGGUAACAAAGCUGCGAAUACACUUCAACAACAUGAAAGCGAACCAUUAAUACCAUGCAAAUAAAACCCUAACUAGCAACGAGAUAAGUAAAUAUAGUAAUAUAUGUAAAGGAAAACUUAAUUUUGCAAUUAAAACGACAAUACUGUGUAGCUCGAUGCAACGCUCCGUUGCAUUGGGCUGACGGCCGGGGGGAGUUUGUUCGAUGUACGAGCAAAGCUCAAAGUAAAAAUAUUAAAUUUAACUAACAAAACAAACGCGACAACAAAACUUUACCCAGUAACUGUAAAUUUAGCAAAGAAACUCAAAAUAGGCUGGCGAAAUGCAAUUCUCUCAAAUUAAAAUAACAAAGCAAGGUGCAACAGCACCAAAAACCACCAAAUAAGCAUCCACCCACCCUGUGUGUGUGGUUUGUGUGUUGCGACAUUGGUGGACCAUUUUAUUCUAACUUCUUGUCGUUAAGAAGCGCGAAGACAGCACAUUAUUAACCUUAACAUGCAUCAUUUACACGCAAAACACGAAGGACAAUAAUAGGUACUAUUUAAGGGAUGCUGUUGGGCGCGUACACUCUAAAGAUUAAAACUAUAGGACCGGUAUAGGGCAAUUGCUAAUACUAAACAGAAGUUGUAUAUGUACAUUCUACAUUCAUGAGGUGAAGAAGCUACUUUACAUGUGAACAAUAAUCCACGUGCUAUGCAAUGAAAUCGUAAGCUGUAAGCUUCUCUCUGUUAAAUGCUUCUUAAAGAUAUGUUGUUAUGAAAGAUUAUGUUUUCUUUACUCAUUUUAAACUCGUAACAUCGGGUAAGAGUAUGCAUGUUUCCUAUGUAUUAUUCAUUUAUUUUACCUCACACUCGGUGGCUAAAGCAUUACAGUAAACUGUAAAAAUGAGCAUAAAAACGGCACAAACUAGUUGUUCUCAAACAGGCACUCAAAUUAAGCUACAAACUAAAAAAAACAUGUUGCAGUAAAAGAAGGAAUGAGGACGAAAAAAGUUCGCACAAAUUUGUUUUAUUACUUUAUGUGUCUCCAUGUAAAAAAAAACAGCCAUGUGUCAAUUACAUGACAAAUAGCGAAUAAGCUGAUGUGACAAAUUAGAUUGCGAACAAGGAAAGCCAGAAAAGCAUUGUAGUUACUUUACCGUAAGACAAUAAUUAGCGCAAAGCAAAACAAAAAAACAGAAGCGAAACAUAUUAAUUGGGAGUUGAGUAAAAUGGCAAACAGGAAGAAACAUGCGGAAACAAUAGUGAAACAAAAUCAAACAACACAAAAAAAGCAACUAAUGAAAAGAAUUUCCCCUAUUAUCUUUCUCUCUCUCUCUAUAACUGAAUGUCAAUCGAAAACGCACAGCACAUUGCAGAUAAGCGCAAAUAUUUCAACCGAUUGUUUUGGAAACGUUUUGUACCCUUUUUGCGAAACGCGUUGACCAAUUCGAAGCAUAAUUUCGAACGCCACCGGAACGAUGGUAAACGGAACCGCACCGAUGUUCACUUACAACAAUUACAAAAACAUAAAUCAGCAAACAGCAAAAGAACAUUUGUGGCCGGGAAGAUGAAAGAUGAAACAGGUGGACAUACCUAAGGAAAUGAUGAUUGUGAGACAAUAAUUCUUUACACUUUGAAGUAAGCGAACAAGAUUGCAUUGUAAGCAGCAAACAUACACUAGUUUUAAAUAAAGCAUUAACGGUAACUAAGCAAAACACGA